GCAAUUCUCACCUCACAUGCCCCUCUACAUCUCAAACAGCGGCACAGCGUCCCCGCGCAAACACUCAUUUUCCUCCACAAGACGGCUGCUUCCAAAUUCGCAACCAUGGCAAACUCCAAAUUCGAAUAUGUCCGUGAUUUCGAGAUUCCCGACCCACUACUGCCCAAUACCUGGAUCGUGGUCCGAGUAGAUGGGCGAGCCUUCACAAAGAUGUGCGCAAAGUACAAUUUCGAGAAGCCAAAUGACCGUCGGGCCUUGGAUCUCAUGAACACAGCCGCCAGAGCCGUUGUAGCUGACCUGCCCGACAUCACCAUUGCAUACGGUGUCAGUGACGAAUACAGCUUCGUUUUCCACAAGUCUUGUACCCUGUUCGAGAGGAGGGACAGCAAGCUCGUCAGCACAGUUGUUUCUACCUUCACCUCCAACUACGUCUACUCAUGGUCGACUCAUUUCCCCGACACUCCCCUUUCGUUUCCACUUCCCACUUUCGAUGGUCGAGCGGUGUGUUACCCUAGCGUCCAGAAUCUGCGUGACUACUUGAGCUGGCGACAAGUAGACUGCCACAUCAACAACCUUUACAACACGACAUUUUGGACGCUGAUUCAGCUUGGAGGACUUGAUAACAAAGAGGCCGAGAAAACUCUCGCUGGCACCGUGGCUGCGGACAAGAACGAGAUUCUAUUUUCGCGAUUCUCGAUCAACUAUAACAACGAGCCUGAGAUUUUCAAGAAAGGAAGUGUCAUAUUCCGCGACUACGAGCUCGUGGAUCCCGGCAGUAACAAUGUUGCACAAACCAUCGAUUCAGUAGCGGAGCCGAUUACGCAGUCAAAGACUCAAAGGGAGAACGACAAGAAGCGUAGAGCCAAGGCACGGAUUCUUGUGGAGCACAUGGACAUCAUCAAGGAUGACUUCUGGGACAGGAGGCCGUGGAUUCUCUCCAACAAGCCUGGCAAGAUUCCAAAAGAAACAUAAAUCAUAGGCUGAAGCUGAAAGAUUCACACCGGGUCUCUAGUGGAGGAUGCACUGCGGCUAGAUUCCCCAUCAGCUGCUUUUUUUUCCUUCUGCCGGAAUCCUGUCUAACCUUUUCGCCCUUCAGCUAUUCUAGCCUCUAUAUCUACACUGAUAAAUCCCACGAUCCGACCUCCAGAACACCCCAAGAUCUCCAACACCCAUGAUAAACCUCACCUGAACCCGCCCUCUCGCCCUAGCUGACUAGCAUCCGUACCAGCUCCACGCAGCGCAAGGGCUCCUGGAACCAGGGCUUUGCCUGUUUCCUUGAUAAACCCCUGGCUCUUUUGUUAUUGCUGUUUCGACGUCUUUAGUUAAACCCAGCAGUAUGGUCUUCUCUAUCCAAG